CAUUAUUUUUUCAAAAUCUGCAAACGCGCCCUUAAUCCGCCUCCGCUUUCACGGCCAAACUGCGCUUGAUGUUCCCGCCAAAGCCAGAACGAACCGGCCUGCUCGGCGGCGACGCGGCGGCGAAGGUUAUCGUCGCCGUCAAAGCAGACAAAGUCAUCUCUAAGACCGCCUUCGCUUGGGCUGUCGACCACGCGGCCUCCCCAGGCGACUGCAUUACGCUUCUCGCCAUCUUCUCCGACAACAAAACUGGAGGGAGGAGAUUUUGGGGACUUCCUCUGUUGAAAGGAAACUCUCGAAGUUGCCAACCGGAUCGCCUUCGUCAGAUUGCUGAGUCCUGUUCUCAGAUGGUUCUUCAAGUUCGGGAUCGAAUCGAGGUGAGGGUGCAGAUCAAGAUUGUAUCAGCAAUGUGCACUGGUGCUGUGACAGCAGAAGCAAAGAGUAAUGCAGCAAAUUGGGUUAUAUUGGACAAGCAGUUGAAGCAAGAGAUAAAGCAAUGCGUGGAUGAAUUGCGUUGCAAUAUUGUAGUCAUGAAGGGUUCCCAGCCAAACGUUCUUCGCCUCAAUCUAACAAGCCCAAACGAUACUCAAACACCUUUCUAUACUCCCACUUCUUUCCCUAUUAGGGAUAGUAAGAAGUUGCAGAGCAAAAGUGUGAAACAUAUGGCUCGUGUUAGCAGUCGUGAUGAUCCAAAUGCUUCCUCCUCAAGAAUGUCAACCAAAAACAUAUUAUCAACUCCUGACACCGCAUCUUCUGUCUACGUCGUUUGUGAAAAUAAUCCACUUUAUCAAGGCUUAAGUAAAGGUACCUAUCCACCUGAUAGAGUUAUCACACACAAUGCAGAAUCAGAAACUUCUCUGAGUCCGAGGUUCUUGAUUGCUCAGAGUGAUGAAAAUGGCUCGGAUCUUGGAAACACGGAUGUGAUCUCUAGGAGUACGUAUACCUUGGCCAGAACUGAAACAGGAGCAUAUAGUGAUGAAGGAAUCGAAAACAGUCAAAUUUCUGAUGGAGAUUAUGCAUACAACUCUAGCAUCCGGGAAGCUGUUUCGUUUAGAGCAACUUCCCCAAUUCCUCCUCCUUUAUGUGUUAUUUGUAAAUCCAAGGCUCCACGAUUCGGAGAACCUCCAAAGCAGUUCCACUACAAAGAGCUAGAGGAAGCUACGAAUGGUUUCUCACACGCAAACUUUUUAGCAGAAGGCCGGUUUGGCUUGGUCCACAGAGGAGUUUUGAGGAAUGGAUUGGUCAUAGCAGUGAAGCAACUGAAGUUUGCUGGCCCUGAGAGAGAUGCUGAUUUCUGCAGGGAAGUAUGUGUACUGAGUUGUGCUCAGCAUCGGAAUGUAGUGUUGCUUAUUGGCUUUGGCAUUCAGGGGAAGAAGAGAUUGUUGGUGUAUGAGUACAUCUGCAAUCGCUCGUUAGACUUUCAUUUGCAUGUUGCAGGAAGAGGAAAUCCAGUUCUUGAUUGGCAAGCUCGUUUGAAGAUAGCUAUCGGGACUGCAAGAGGACUACGGUAUCUUCAUGAAGAUUGUAGGGUGGGAUGCAUCAUUCACAGAAAUUUGCGGCCGAGCAAAAUCCUUUUAACUCAUGAUUUUGAACCUCUGGUUGCUGAUUUUGGACUGGCAAGAUUGCAUGACGAGUGGGAGUCAUGUGAAAGUAGCCAAAUCGUCGGAGCUUCAUGGUAUCUUGCACCAGAACUAGUCAGUGGUGGAAAAAUGACUGAGAAGGUCGAUGUAUACGCCUUUGGCCUGGUAUUACUGGAGCUAAUUACCGGGCAACGGGCCCAUGACUUGCAAUACUGCUCGGACAAUCAGUUUUUGUUAGACCAUAUCCGUGCUUUGGCCACGGGUGACACACCACAUAUAUUCGGCUACAACAAUCAAUUGCUGGAUCCCCGGUUGGUCCCGUACCAACUCCAACCUAUGUUACCGUAUGAGCUUCAGGCAAUGGGAUACGCGGCCUCAUUGUGUCUUCAACAAGAUCCCGACCUCCGACCACCCAUGUCAAAGGUAGUUAAGAUGCUAGAAGGAGGAAGUGCAGCUAGUUGUAGGGACUCAGUUGGUUGUCGAAGCGGGCACCUGCAGGGAUUGAAUACAAAUGCGUAAUUGGAGUCCAUUUCUUUUUUCUUGGUGAGUUCUAGCUCGGAAUUUGUCAUUAUUGUUUUGCUAUACAGCCUAUACCAUAUAUGUAGUUGUCAAUUAAUCUUAUUUUAGGCCUGUUGUAGAUCA